ACAAUUUUAAUUACUUUAUUAAAAUAAUUCAGUGACUUUAUUUCAAAAUUUUCAUAAAGUUGGCUAAAGUAGUGAAAAAAGAAAACAAAUCGAUUGGAUCUAAAUUGAAAUAAGUAUUUAAAAAUCAGUCAAAUGUGAACAUUAUCGUAAAAGUUUAUUAUAAUCAGAUAUUCUGGAUAUUAUUUGAAUUCAUCGAGAGAUAUAAUUAGCCUUGGUAACUGCUGUGCGAUAUCCCUGGGAACAAAAACUAAAAUUGUGUUAUAUUUAUAAUAUUCACAAUGCAAGAUACUUACCCAACUUUGGUAUCCUGUAAACCUUUAAAAGCAGAAUUUAACAAUGUACAAGAAAUUCCAGUAACAUCAGAAAAUUUUACCAUUGGACGUGGCCUGAACAACAAUGUAGUCAUACCAUUUGUAGCCAUAUCUCGAAACCAUUGUAAAUUGAAAAAAAAUAAUGUUGACUGGAUAAUUGAAGACCACAGUUCAUUUGGAAUUAUAAUCAAUGGUAAUAAAAUAGGCAAAGGCAAUCAAAAGAUAAUAAAACACAAUGACAUCUUAACAUUUGAAGCUACACAAGAGUUUAUAUAUAAAUUUGUUUGUAAUGACAACGAACUAAUGCCUUCCUCAAAAAAACGAAUCAAAUUAGAUCCAAAUGCAACCAGUACCAGUUUGAUAAAUGACAUGAAAAACAAAUUUGAGGAAUCACAGAAUUAUGCAAUAAGACAUAUCGAAGAUAAAAUACACAAUACAAAACAAAUAAAAAGCACAAAUAUUUUACUAAAAGAACAGCUACAACUAGAUAUGAAACGAAAAAUAAACCAUCUCGAAAGUAAUUUUGCAUGUCAAAUUGAGAAUUUAAAAGGAAAAAAGGAUGAAGUCGAAAAACAAAAAGCACUCCUUAUAGAAGAGAGAGAUGCACAACUGGCAGCUUUAAAAGAGGAUAUGGAAGGAAAAAUAUCAGAACUAAUGGAACAGAUAAAAAAACACAAUGAAAUUGAAACUGAACUCAUUAAGGAAAAUAAUUUGUUAAAAGAAAAAAUGUUAAAAGAAAGAGAAGACUUUCUUUUAGAAUUGAAUAGAGAGAGUUCAUUAAAACAGGAUAUGUUAGAUAAACUGGAAGCAAAAAUGGUUGAACAAGAGGAAGUGAGAUUAAAAGAAAAACAAGAAUUUGAGGAACUUCUGAAGAAUAAAACAGAGUUACUUAAAUUAGAAAAAGAAAAGGAACUACACAAAUUAUCUGAACAGAAAAAGAAAAGGGAAUGUGAAUUGAUGGAAGAGCUUAACAACAUAAAGAAAAACCUUGAGGAACAAGUUGAGCGAACUGAAAAACAGAGAUGCGAUGCUCAAAAACAACUUAACAAUCAAAUGGAGGAAAUGAAAAAGGCUAAGAAUGAGGACAAAUUUAAAAUGGAAAAGCUGAUGCACGAACGAGAAGAAAUUCAGAAAAGGCUAAAUGAGGCACAACAAAAUUCUGAAAAAUUUAUCGAAGAACUGAAGGCAAGAGUCACAGAGAGAGAGGUAGAGCUUGCGGCUCUGGCAGCUGAAAGAAUACAAAAACAAGCUGAACAAUCAAGUGAAGUUAUAAGCUCAUUACAGGAACAAUUGGAAAAGGUCCGAAGUCAACUUCAAAAUGUCGAAAGUGAAAAUAAAAAACUUCUAAAGAACUCUGAACCAGUCGCCAAAGAGGAGAGCUCAAACAGUACACUCGCUGAAUUCGGUGAAAUAAUGGAAAGUGAACUGCAGUGCAGUAUAUGUGCGGAACUCUUCGUGGCCGCGAUCACACUCAACUGCUCUCACACGUUCUGCAAAUACUGCAUCACUACUUGGAAGAAGAAAAAGAUGGAUUGUCCGAUAUGCCGUUCACCCAUAACAUCGGAGUGCAGAAGCUUAGUACUCGACUCGUUUAUAGAAAAAAUGGUACAAAAUCUAACAGAAGAAAUGAAGAAAAAGAGACGAGAUAUGUUGAAAAGUCGAGAAGAACUUGAAUCCGAACUGACUGAAUCCGAACUGACGAGUCAACUGAACACGAGUACGAGUCGACGAAGAGACUCUUUUGAAUUCGACGAAGACGAAAGCGCCGAACUAUCAUUCGAGGAGGAGGAGGAGGGGGAGGGGGAGAACCCGGAUUUCGAAUACUUCGAUUUCUUCGAUUACGGGAGUGAUGGCGACAUCGACGAAUCCUACGAAUCAGAUUCCGACAGUUGAUCUGACUGCACUAAGGAUAGGAUCAACAGCUCCGAUAUUCCGGCAGCGGAUUGUUUCGAAUGAAGUGAUCGUUUUGGGAGACGAAAACCCAGCCGCGCCCUCUACGCGCGCCCGAUCCACCUCUCAACGCGACUUGUCUCUUUAGAUCUUAUUUUAUUUUAUAAAUGUAAAAUAAACAUUAUAUUAU